AUGGAAGUCUCCGUAUGGCGGCUGUUACGGAGUUUUUUGCUGAUUCUAAUGGUGGAAGUUCAGGCGAUCGUAGCGGAUACUCAUCCUGGUGACGCGGAGGCACUUCAAGCGUUGAAAAACCAAUGGCAAAAUACGCCACCAAGCUGGAAAAGGUCGAGCGAUCCAUGUUCAUGGGAAGGGGUCAACUGCACCGAUACGAGGGUCUUAGCGCUGGGCUUGUCGAGUAUGAACUUAGUAGGUCAGCUCGUUGGAGACAUUGGUGGACUCACUGAACUAACAUCUUUGGACUUAUCUUUUAAUGGUGGCCUAACAGGUCCAAUCUCUCCGCAGAUAGGAGAUCUAAAAAAGCUCAAUACAUUGAUUCUAUCUGGCUGUAGCUUCAGAGGUAACAUUCCACCCGAAUUGGGAAACCUCAAGGAACUAUCGUUUUUGGCGUUGAACACAAACAACUUGACGGGAGAAAUCCCUCCAUCUUUGGGAUACUUAUCGAACCUUUACUGGUUAGACCUCGCGGAGAAUCAGUUGACAGGAUCGUUGCCGAUUUCAAGUCUCACGCAAUCGGGCUUGGAUAAGCUAAAACAUGCUAAGCAUUUCCAUUUCAAUAAGAACAAGCUAUCGGGGGGAAUCUCGUCUCAACUUUUCAGCUCCGAUAUGGUUCUGUUACAUGUACUAUUUGACGGGAAUCGGUUAACGGGAGAAAUCCCGAUUACGAUUGGAUAUGUCCAAACAUUAGAGGUUCUUCGACUUGAUAGAAACAACUUGGAAGGCGAGGUGCCAUCGAACCUGAACAACCUCACACGCCUCGGUGAAUUAAAUUUAGGACACAACAAUCUAUCAGGAGCUUUGCCUGAUCUAAAUGGGAUGAAUGCCCUCACAUAUGUGGACUUGAGCAACAAUUCGUUUCAAGAAUCUAGCCCUCCGACAUGGUUUUCUACAUUACCGUCUUUAGGCACACUUAUGAUGGAAUUCGGAGCGCUUACAGGAAAGCUACCACAAGCCCUUUUCAGCUUAUCGGGAAUUCAACAAGUGAUGUUGAAAAACAACAAUCUCAACGAUACGUUGAGUAUGGACAGCAGCAUCAGCGAUCAGCUGCAGCUUGUUGAUUUGCAAAGCAAUGAGAUUCGCAACGUAACACUUAGUAGCGAAUACAAAAACACACUCGAACUGCAUGGGAACCCCGUCUGCGAUGCUGCUCUCGAGAGCUCUACGUAUUGCCAACUUCAACAACGGAACUCAAAUGCAUAUUCCACAAGUUUGGCCGCUUGUAACGGCAAGUCGUGUCAUUCUGAUCAGAAACUAAGCCCGAGAAAAUGCAAUUGUGCUUACCCAUAUGAAGGCAUUCUGUACUUUCGAGCACCCUCUUUUCGUAUAUUAUCUAACGCUGACCAGUGGCAUUCGUUAGAAUCGAGCCUUUGGACGAAACUUGGCCUCAGUCCAGGCUCGGUUUCGUUGCAAGAUCCGUUCUUUAACAUCGACGACUAUCUUGAGGUCAGUUUGCAACUCUUUCCAUCAAAGGGUAAGCAUUUUUCGCGAACAGAAGUCCAAAUGAUGGGGUUUUUCUUGAGUAAUCAAACCUACAAGCCUCCGGAUGAGUUCGGGCCGUAUUAUUUCAUCGCGUCUCCAUAUUUGUUCUCAGAUGGUCGUGGAGGCGGUCUUGGAGUUGGUGGUGUGAUCGGGAUCUCCAUCGGUUGCACGCUUUUGAUCCUGAUCCUUAUCACGCUUGUCGUAUAUGCUGUUCAACAAAAGAAACGAGCUGAAAAAGCAAUCAGUUUAAGCAAACCUUUCGGAUCCUGGGCUCCAAGUGCUAAAGACAGUGGAGGUGCACCACAGCUGAAGGGGGCCAGAUGGUUUUCAUAUGAUGAACUCAAGAAAAGCACCAGUAACUUUUCUGAAAUCAAUCAGAUAGGAUCUGGUGGCUAUGGAAAGGUUUAUAGGGGCGUGAUUCCUGGCGGGCAAAUGGUUGCGAUCAAAAGAGCUCAGCAAGGAUCCAUGCAAGGCGGACUAGAGUUCAAGACCGAAAUCGAGUUGCUUUCACGAGUCCAUCAUAAGAACCUUGUUGGCCUUGUUGGGUUUUGUUUCGAACAAGGCGAACAGAUGCUCGUAUACGAGUUUAUGCCCAACGGAACUCUUAGAGAGAGUUUGUCAGGCAAAACCGGAAUCCAUCUCGAUUGGAAGAGGAGACUUCGUGUCGCCCUCGGUUCAGCCAGAGGACUAGCUUAUCUACAUGAGCUUGCAGAUCCUCCUAUAAUCCAUAGAGACAUCAAGUCCACCAAUAUUCUUUUAGACGAAAAGCUCACCGCAAAAGUUGCAGAUUUCGGGUUGUCGAAGCUAGUUUCCGACAGCGAAAAAGGCCAUGUCUCGACUCAAGUUAAGGGUACACUGGGAUAUCUCGAUCCUGAAUACUACAUGACACAACAACUAACUGAUAAGAGCGACGUAUAUAGUUUUGGGGUGGUGAUGCUUGAACUAAUAACCGCUAAACAACCUAUUAUCAAAGGGAAGUACAUUGUGCGCGAGGUGAGGCUAGCGAUGGACAAAACCGACGAGGAGGCAUACGGAUUGCGGGAAAUACUCGAUCCGAAUCUCCAAGACUCAACAUUCUUGAUCGGAUUCGGGAGGUUUGUACAAUUAGCAAUGCAAUGUGUCGAAGAAGCGGCUGCAGACCGUCCAACAAUGAGCGAUGUAGUGAAGACACUCGAGACCAUGCUAAUGAGCGAUGGACUCCACACGAACUCAACAUCCGCAUCAUCGUCAGCCACCGAGUUUGGAUCAGUCCAAGGUGCCCCGAACCAUCCGUACCACGAAGGCGGGCUCAAAACGGAUGACAACCAUACAUUCGAUUACAGUGGUGGAUACAAUAUCACCACAAAAAUUGAACCCAAAUAA